GUCUGCCGUAGGUACCUUCGGGCUUCACGCUUACGGGCCACACGGUCCUACGGCUCACGGAGGGAAUCGGGGGAACGGACGGCGAGCGAGAGAAAAGGCGUGGCGUGCUGUAUGCAGGUAGGGAAAGAGAUGGAUGGAGAGAGAGAGAUAAUUACCUGCAUGCCGAUUCCGCCAUGGUUUUUAAAUCCCAUAUCAACUGGCACACCCGACAUGCCCGCACUUGAAUCCGUGGCUCUUCUCGCAAAAUCUCCAUUCACAUUCAUCCUCUCGUUUUCCGUGUUUAUGCCUGCUCGUCUCUCUUUCUACCUUUUGACUGAAUGCCUGGGCUUAUCACAUCCAAUCGCCAAAUCGUGUGGAACAUUGCAGUUACGGGGUGGAAAUCUCGCAACUGACACCAGGGAGGAACGUCGGCUCCAUCCCUCUCGUGUCUAG